UCUGGGGUUGGAGGCGGGGCUUACAGGCUUAGGAACGCGCACAGUGAGCCAAGUGAGAGUUCGCCAACGUAAAUUAAGGGUUAUGUGUCAUAUUCUGUGGAAAGUCUAUCCGUUACAGACAUUUCUCAAUAAGUUCUCGUCAACUGGUGUAACUUUCAGGCUUUCUGAGGAAUUUCUGUGGUCAGAGGAUUGAACAGCGGACAAAACCAAACGGGGCGCAGGCAAGAUGGGUGCUGGAGACGGGUUCCGGGCCCCGGUGGCGCUGAUCGCUGCCGGGUUAGUGAGUGUCCUGGGGCUCUCGUGGCUCUGGAGUUUGGUGGCACUUUUAGGAGUUUAUUUGUGUUCUGGAGGAUGGUGGUUUCUCUAUGUGGCCGCGUGCACCAUCAAAAGAGACAUUAUUGGUCUGUACGUCCUGCUGCGUGUGAAAUUGAUCAUGGAUCAUUAUACCCGUACACGCAGCACCAUCCCCUCCAUAUUCGCCCAGCAGGUGGCGCUCCACCCGGACAAACCGGCUCUCAUCGAGGAGUCCACGGGCGAGGUGUGGAGCUUCUCGGAGCUGGACCGGCGCUCUAACGGUGUGGCGCAGUGGGCCGUCGCGCAGGGCUGGGCGUCGGGCGACGUGGUGGCCAUCUUCAUGGAGAGCCGCCCGCCCAUGGUGGCGCUGUGGCUCGGACUGGCUAAAGUGGGCGUGGAGCCGGCGUUCAUCAAUUUCAACCUGCGCCGUGAUUCGCUGAUGCACUGCGUGAACGCGUCGGGGGCGCGCGGGAUGGUGUUCGGGGCCGAGCUUCUGGACGUGUUGCUGGAGGUGAAGGGGUCGCUGCGCUCGCUCUCUCUCUUCUGCACCGGUGCGGCCCCUGGACCGGAGGCGCUGGACUCGCUGUCGGCGCUGGACCUGGACUCGCUGCUGGCUGCGUCCCCACACACACCGCCCGCCAUCACACACAUCAAGGGCUUCAACGACAGGUUAUUUUACAUCUACACCUCAGGCACCACCGGACUGCCCAAAGCGGCCAUCGUCGUUCACAGCAGAUACUAUCGCAUCGCUGCGUUUGGAUAUCACUCGUUCGGUCUGCGGCCGGAUGAUGUGGUUUACUGCUGCUUGCCGCUCUAUCACUCCGCAGGGAACAUCAUGGGCGUAGGGCAGUGUCUGCUGCACGGCCUGACCGUCGUGAUCCGCAGGAAGUUUUCCGCUAGCCGCUUCUGGGACGACUGUGUCAAGUACAACUGCACGGUGGUCCAGUACAUCGGUGAAAUUUGCCGGUACCUGUUAGCGCAGCCGGUUCGCGCGUCCGAGUCUCUUCACAAGGUGCGUGUUGCCACGGGCAACGGUUUGCGGCCCAACGUCUGGGAAGCGUUCACUAAACGCUUCAACAUCAAAUGCAUCGGCGAGUUUUACGGAGCCACCGAGUGCAACUGCAGCCUGGCCAACAUGGACAACAAGGUGGGGGCGUGUGGCUUCAACAGCGUGAUCCUGCCCAGCAUUUAUCCCAUCAGGCUCCUGAGGGCCGACGAAGACACCAUGGAGUUAAUCAGGGACGGUCGAGGACUGUGUGUCCCGUGCAAACCUGGAGAACUAGGGAUCAUCGUGGGCAGAAUCAAUCCUCAUGAUCCAUUACGUCGCUUUGAUGGCUACGCGAAUCAAGAGGCCACCAGUAAAAAGAUCGCGCACAACGUCUUCAAAACGGGAGAUUCUGCGUAUGUGUCAGGCGAUCUGAUGGUGAUGGAUGAGUUCGGUUACGUGUAUUUCCGGGACCGAGGCGGAGACACGUAUCGCUGGCGUGGCGAGAACGUCUCGACCACGGAGGUGGAAGGAAUCCUGAGCGCUCUGUUGAAUCAGACGGACGUGGCCGUCUAUGGCGUCUCAGUGCCAGGCAUGGAGGGAAGGGCAGGAAUGGCCGCCAUCGCGCAUGUGACGGGCGACUUCGACUGUGAGGCGCUGCUGAAAGAUAUGCAGAACACGCUUCCCUCGUACGCUCGGCCCAUCUUCUUACGGCUCUUACCGGAGGUCGACAGAACAGACACAUUUAAAAUAAAAAAAACUCGCUUACAGAAGGAGGGAUUCGACCCACGACACACCAGCGACCAGCUCUACUUCCUCAACAGCCGCUCGAGGCGUUACGAGAGUCUGACGGAUGAACUCUACAGCGACAUCAUGCAGGGAAACGCGUCUCUAUAAGAGCCACACAGAGAAUGUCAAAGUGAGGCAUCGAUACGCAGUUUACGGUACAAAAUCAGCGAGAUGACUGCACUACAAUCACGCUCAUACUUGACACACUGUUCGGUUACUACUUGAAACGACUAGUUCUGCCUUUCACGUCACUUUAAACUUUAAGUCAUUUUUAUAAUUGCAGACUUCUUACAUUUUAUAACGUUUUCUGAUUAGAAAUAAUGGACUGAGCUCACUUUGUGAGAUUAUCCAAGCUGAACUAAACAUGAUUUUUUUCCUCAAUGGAUUGCAUAAAACGUCUCUCUGAUGUCACUGGAAUAGGUUUCACGAGAUAAACAUUUCUGUAAACGACAGAGAUAGUCAUAGUCAGUUGCUCUCGUCUGUGUCUGCUUUUAAUGGUUUUGGAGAGGUUUACCCUUUCAUCUGCAAUUGACUGACAGCACUGUUCAUGUGGUCAACACUGUAACCAAGUCUUCUUAGACUAGUAAUGGUGAUAGUAUCACAAACGAACAGUACGUAAAACAUCUCAAAUCACAUGUUAAACUCGGCCUCAGUGAAGUGUAUUGAGUCAAAUGUUUUGAUGUGAAAUGUCCUUACAAUGCAAUAUAGUGUCGGCCAAUAUAGUGGGUCGGAUCUGGGCCGACGCUAUGUUGCUGUCUGGCAAAUCAGAUUGUUUUAUUCUUUUUCAGAUGUUUUGACUAUUUUACAUUUACUUGAACUCGAUUUUCUAAACAAUUUCAAUAAAUUUAACGUAACAAGUA